AUGAAUUCUUAUCAGGGUCAUAUCUUCAUAUGUUUCCUAGCUUUCAUCCAGAAACCAAAAUUUUUUUUUGAUAUACGAUUGUAUUUGUUUGAACAGCAGGGAAAGGUAAAUUUGCAAUUCUUUUUCACUUAUUUUUUCAUUAAAGUUAAAACAAUUUAUAUAAAACAGCUGGAUCUUCUUAGACUAUUUGCCAACGCAUGUGGCUAA